CUCGUUGUAAACUGGUGCUACUUCAGUGCACAUGUACUUAAGUCCUGCUUCCUCAGAGUCGACACCCUUUAGUCGGAUACUCUGCAGAGACGACGGCUGGACGUCAAACUACGAGUUCACUCUGAAGACCUGUCAGCUGGAGGCUCACGUGCAUAUGUACUUCAGUCCUGUUUCCUCAGAGUCCACACCCUCCAGUCAGAUACGCUGCAGGGACGAAGGCUGGAAGUCAAACUACGAGCUCAGUUUGAAGACCUGUCGGCUGGAGGCUCACGAAUCUCUUUCAGAAAUGUACCGACCCACCUUGGCGGUGCUUGCAGUGCUGCUCUGCUCUGCAGCUUUGGUGAAUGGAGGGAAGGUCUUGGUGGUUCCUUUGGAUGGAAGUCAUUGGAUUAACAUGAAGGUCCUCAUCGAGGAGCUUCACUCCAGAGGCCAUGAAGUCACUGUCAUACGCCCAUCAGACGCCUGGUACAUCAAGCAGGAUUCUCCUCACUACAAGUCCAUCACGGUGAAUGCUGCAGGUGGUUUUGAGGAGGACAACUGGGGCCAAUUUGUAACGAGAACACUGGAGAUGCGACGGCAAGGGGCCUCAUUUUGGACUCUUAUGGCUCUGCAGAUUGACCUGGUGAAAGUGUUCCAUGAGAUGCACAGGACGAUGAUUGUAAUGAUGGAGGAAAUGUUUGCAGACAACAAACUGAUGCAGAGCCUCCGUGAUGCCAAGUACGAUGUGGUCCUGACAGACCCUGGACUCUGUGGAGGAGUUUUUCUGGCUCACCGUUUGGGUCUUCCACUCGUCUUUAAUGUGAGAUGGACUAUUCAUGGUGAAGGGCAUUUAGCAAUCGCACCUACUCCACUAUCUUACGUCCCCCUACCUGGGUCAGAGUUGACUGACAAGAUGAUUUUCACCGAGCGGGUCAAAAACAUGCUGUUCUAUUUCAUCGGCCAUUUUCAGAUUUGGUUCAUCAUCGACCCAAAUUACAGACCAUUUGUCCAUCGUCACUUUGGGCCGGAUGUCCACUACAUGGAGCUGUUCCAGUCGGCCGACAUCUGGCUCAUGAGGAAUGACUUCACCUUUGAGUGGCCGCGACCCACCAUGCCCAACAUCAUCUACAUGUCGGGAUUCCAGUGCAAACCCGCCAAGCCCCUGCCCAAAGAACUGGAGGAUUUUGUUCAGAGUUCCGGCGAGCACGGAGUCAUCGUGAUGACACUGGGGACCCUGGUGGAAAAACUUCCAGAGGACAUAACUGAGGACAUUGCUGCUGCCUUCGCACAGCUUCCCCAGAAGGUGAUCUGGAGGCACAAAGGCAAAAGACCCUCCACGCUGGGAAACAACACCUUAAUGAUGGACUGGUUGCCCCAGAACGACCUCCUGGGUCACCCCAAAACCAGGGUGUUCGUGGCACACGGAGGCACCAAUGGCAUGCAGGAGGCCAUCUACCACGGCGUCCCCCUGGUGGGACUGCCGCUCAUGUUCGACCAACCUGACAACUUCUUCAGGAUGAAAGCCAGAGGCGUGGCCAAAGUCCUGGACUUGGCGUCGGUGAACAAAGACAACUUCCUGGAGGCGCUGAAGGAGGUCCUGUACCAACCAUCCUACAGGGAGAAGAUGAAGGUUCUGUCCAGCCUGCACCGAGAUCAGCCCAUGAAGCCGCUGGACCGGGCCAUGUUCUGGAUCGAGUUCGUCAUGAGGCACAAAGGAGCGGCCCACCUAAGGACAGAGUCUUACAAGAUGUCCAUGAUCCAGUACCACUCCAUCGAUGUGGCGGCGUUCCUGCUGGCAGCUGUUUUGCUAAUAUUUGCUGUUUUUAUUGCUGCCGUCAAGUUUGUCUGGCGAAGGUUAUUUGGCCGAAACAAAGUCAAGAAGGAAUGAUAUAUAUAAUCUGUUUUCACAUUUUGGAUGCAAAUAGUUCUGAUAUUUUCUAAUGACCAUGUCUAAACAGAUCAGGUUAAUCAGCAGGAUCUCAAAUCUGUGAAUGUGAAAAUACAAUCUGGUGAAAAGUGCGACCUCCAGGGAAUAAAUCAAAAAGUUUUAUGGAAUAAUUUUGUAGCAGUGCUCUUCCUAUUGCCGCAAACUUCCGUAAAUGAAAUAUAUAUUAUAAAAAGUGGUGUGUGUAUGUGUUGUGUAAUUUCAUAUGUUAAACAAAUUCUUUAAAAUGCUGAAUUUUUUACAUUAUUUUUUUAGCUGAUUUAAAUAGUUUUAAAAUAAAGAUUUUUGCAGUCAAGAAGAAGUUACUAUCUUAAAAAACAUUCAUUUUUGAUUGUAAUAUUAUGUACAGUUUGAACUGUUGUUCUUACAGUUAAUGUAAUACCAAUAUUUAAGGGUUACAAUAUGGUCGAUACUUCGCGGAUUUUCGUCUAUCA